AUGAGAGUUGCUUGGAUCCUUUUCUUAACGCUGGGAGGUCUAAAGUACAACAGCUUCAAACAGCAACUAGAGCGUCGCUUCCCAGGGAAACUCGAAAUCUCUGGUGAAGGAACGCCUCAGUCAACCGGCUGGUUUGAAGUUCAAGUAAUAGGUGGACCACUCUUACAUUCAAAAAAAAACGGUGACGGAUUCGUGGACAGCAAAAAGUUGGAACGUAUCUGUAACGCCAUCAGGGACCUGUUGUAA